CUAUUUUUAAAUACACGCGAUAGAUGGUAUCCCAGUUUGUUUAUGGAUACUCGGACCUAACUUCUAAAAUCACACAAAUUUUACCUAGAAGCCGUGAUUUGUUAAUUUUGAAAGCAUGGAUAAAUUCGAAAAACCACAAAUAAUUUGUCAUAUCGAAAAGUCGGUGAAUUAUUCCUUAUUCGAUUCGAAGUGGAUCCCGUGUAGUGCAAAAUUUGUGGUUAUGGGUUCACGUCCACGUGGUAGCGGUAUUAUACAAAUCUAUGAAGUUUCCAGCGGCGAAUUGAAUCUUCUUAAGGAUAUCGAAAGAUCACAGCCCAUAAAAUGUGGGACCUUUAAAGCGUCUAGUCUGAAAGACAGAUAUUUGGCAACUGGUGAUUUUCAGGGUAAAUUGAACAUCUACAACCUAGAAGAUCCUUCGAUACCAAUUUAUACUGCUGUUGCUCACAAUGAGAUUAUAAACAGUAUUGAUGGCGUAGCUGGACAAAGUAUUGGAUGCGGUGCACCAGAAUUAGUAACUGGCUCCAGAGAUGGAAGUGUUAAAGUCUGGGAUCCUAGACAGAAAGGUCGGCCAGUUGCUAUAAUGGAACCCAAAGAAGGCGAAGAACGUAGGGAUUGCUGGACAGUUGCGUUUGGAAAUUCGUACAACUCUGAGGAAAGAGUUGUAGCUGCUGGCUAUGACAAUGGAGAUGUAAAAAUGUUCGAUCUGAAAGCAAUGGCUGUUCUGUGGGAGAGUAAUCUUAAAAAUGGAGUUUGUAGCAUUGAAUUUGAUAGAAAGGAUAUUCCAAUGAAUAAAUUAGUAGCCACGACACUGGAGUCAAAGUUUUACUUGUUUGAUUUGAAAACGCACAAUCCUAAAAAAGGAUUUGCUUACUUGACUGAGAAGGCACAUAAUUCAACGGUAUGGUUGGUCAGACACUUGCCGCAAAAUCGUGAAAUAUUUGUUACGUGUGGUGGAGGAGGAAGUCUUUGCUUAUGGAAAUAUAAUUAUCCAGAGAAGCGGAAGAUAGUAGACGCAGAUGGCAUUAAUGAAGGAGUCGUCGGUGAUCUAACUCUUUUACAGAACACUAUUAUUUCAUCACAACCUGUUAGUUCUCUAGAUUGGAGUCCAGACAAACAGGGCCUGGCCGUUUGUACUGCGUUUGACCAAUGUUUGAGGGUAAUCAUCACUACAAAACUUAAUAUUUUUUAAGAAUAUUAUAAUAACUAUAUACAUUAAUUCUCGAAUUAAUUCUAAAAUAGACCUAUUUAUAUUAUACUACUUAAUAUUAUUCAGUGUAAAGCUUUCACUAUUUUAUUGUAACAGGACUUACGCACAGUUGUGAAUAAAUAUCAGUUGUUUUAAUUUGAAAGAAUAAAAUAAAUAUUUCAUUUUCCA